AUGGGUAUCCGGGGACUAACAAGUUUUCUGGAAGAUCAUCAUAACGAGUUCUUUAUUGACUUGAAGUUGCGGGACACGAAAAUGAUCAUCGAUGGCUAUGCUCUUUUCUACUGGCUUUCCUUCAAGUCCGAGUUGGAGCUCCGGUAUGGAGGGGACUAUGAUUCUUUUACACAUGUUGUAGAAGACUUUUUUGAAUCACUGUUUGCAUGUAAUAUAUGCCCAUAUGUUGUGUUAGAUGGAGGAUGUGACAUUUCUGAUAAAAAGUUCACAACUUUAAAGGAUCGAGCUCAAGACAGGAUCCAGCAAGCCCACUCCCUUUCUGUGGGUAGGAAUGGGUGUGUGUGUCCCUUACUCACCCGGGAAGUGUUCAUACAGGUUUUAAUCAAAAUGCAAGUCUGUUUUGUCCAGAGCUUUUCAGAAGCAGACCAGGAACUCAUGACUCUGGCUAAUCAUUGGAAUUGCCCUGCAUUAUCCUCAGAUAGUGACUUUUGCAUCUUUGACCUAAAAGCUGGCUUUUGCCCCUUGAAUGGCUUUCAGUGGAAAAAUGUGACCACUAUUAAAGGCACACAGAACUACUAUAUUCCGGCCACAUGCUUUUCAAUUGAUGCCUUCUGCCGUCACUUCAACAUACGUAAAGAUCUACUGCCUCUCUUUGCGGUGCUAUGUGGAAAUGACUGUGUCAGUCUGCCCAACAAGGAGACAUUCUUAAGUAAACUGCAUCUUCCUCCUGGAGCUGCCAGUCCUAAGGGGAGGAGACACCACCGAGUUCUGGGACUUCUGUAUUGGUUGUCUCAAUUUGCUAGCCCUGCUGAAGCACUAGUUAAUGUCCUCAAGUAUUUCCCAAAAGACAAUCAAGAAAAUGUUAAGGAGCUUCUCUCUCGUUCCAUGGGCGAAUACCAACAGUCCCAGGGGAAGCUGCAGGACUUCUUCCAGCAUGGUGUGAAUGUGUGUCCAGACUCCUUGAAUCUGGGCUUACCAGAAUGGGUACUAGUGGCUUUGGCCAAAGGCCAGCUAUCUCCAUUCAUCAGUGAUGCUCUGAUGCUGAGACGGACCUUCCUUCACACACAAGUGGAAAACAUGCAGCAACCAAAUGCCCACAGAAUAUCCCAGUCCAUCCGGCAAGUCAUCUACGGUCUUCUGAAUGCUUACCCAUGUCUGGAAAACAUGCCUGUAUCUGUCAGUGAAGUGGAAAGGAUUCAUAGAAAUAUCAAAACAUCAACUGUUUAUGCAGUGAAGUUCCCUAAGGAGCAAUCUGAUUUAAGCAAAUUGACUGAGCUUUCUUUGGAUAAACGAGAGAUGCUGCUGUUAGAAACUCUGAAGGUGAAACGGAUCAUCCUUGAGCCCAUCCCUGCUUCUCUGAGGUUGCCCAUUGCUGUCAGUUGCUACUGGUUGCAGCAUCCGGAUGUCAAGGCCACACCACAUCAUGUACAGGCCUUAUUGCUGGGGAUGCUGGUGGGGCCCUUGCAGGCCAUAAUCCACAAUCCUGAUAUGGAAACUAUGAGGAAAGAUGCUGCUAAUAACUUGUGCAGAAAGUUCUACAAAUUGCAGGCGCAUAUCUACCUGAGCAGGAGGUUGGAUUUGGCCACCGCCCACGUCUUCUGUCAGUGGCAGUCCUGUCUGCAGAUGGGGGUGUAUCUCAAUCAGCUGCUAUCCACUCCUCUCCCAGAGGCAGACCUAACUUGCUUGUAUAAUGGAAGCCUGGUACAUGGACUAUGCUGCGAACUACCAUCAACCUCUGUAGAAAGUCUCCUAAGGGUGUGUCCUGAGGCAAAGCAACUUUAUGAUCAUCUGUUCAGUGCCGUGCAGUCAUGUGCCCCUCCUCAAUUUUUCCUGCCAAAGCGUAGAUCCAAUUCAAAAAAGAAAAGGAAGAAGAAGCAACAUACCAGCUGUUCAAAGAAUAAAGUGGGAACCACCUUCGAUACCAAGUAUUGCUAUCAGGGAAGCAAUAGAUUUAGGCUACUAAUGGUUGAAAACUUGGAAGAACAUAUUGAUGCCUUAGAGCUUGAAUAA